AAAUGAAUAACCAAUGCGUAGAAAGUGACAGCUCUUUAUUGUUUAUUCCCAUGUGGUGUUGAAAAAUGGACGCGCACAUGAUUCUGUGAAGUUUAAAAAAUGUUUUCUUUACGUAUUAACGAGCGUUGAAUAUUAAGAACAGAAGUAAUCGUGUUCAAGUGUUAAGUGACAAUGACAGAAAUGCCUCCUUAUCUCGCCGUUAAAGAUGAGGAGAAAAAUAGUGGACAGACAGAUAGUGAGUGUUCAGACUCUGAAGACGAUUUGCCUCUAAGUUUUAAUAAACCGAGACACAUUGAGCCUAUCAAAGGUGCAGAACGCGAGGAGCACUCGUGGAGAGUUAAAGAAAAGUACAAGACACACUGUGUAGCGCUGGUCCUCUGCCUCAAUGUGGGCGUAGAUCCUCCAGAUGUGGUGAAAACUCAGCCCUGCGCCAGACUUGAAUGUUGGAUUGAUCCGAACUCACUGUCCCCGGGCAAAGCGCUAGAGAGUAUUGGGCAUGCGCUGCAGACACAGUACGAGCGCUGGCAGCCGCGCGCGCGCUACAAGCAGUCCCUUGACCCCACCAGUGAUGAGAUCAAGAAGUUGUGCUGUUCGUUGCGCCGCAACGCCAAGGAUGAACGAGUUCUGUUCCACUACAAUGGCCACGGCGUGCCCAAGCCCACCAACCAGGGAGAGAUAUGGGUCUUUAACAGAGCGUACACGCAGUACAUCCCGCUGUCGAUGUACGACCUGCAGACGUGGAUGGGCGCGCCUUCGCUCUACGUCUACGACUGCUCCAACGCCGGCAUCAUCGUCGACAACUUCAAACAGUUCGCUGAACAACACGAACGCGAUUAUGAGAUGCAGGCGUCGAGCGGGCGGGAC